CAAAAGUCUCCAUCCUUCUUUUGUGUUCUUCUCUUUCAAACCCAAAUUUCCUUUUUUCAGUUUCAGUUUCUGCAACCCAUCAUCUUUUGAUCCAAACCCUAAAAAUUCAAAUCCACAAAUUCAACUUCAAAUCAAACCAAACAAACAUGUAUCACCAGUCAUCUCAGCACUUCGAUUUGGAACAAGACAAUACUACUUCAGGAUUUAAUGGUGGAGAACAAACUUCAUGGCUUUCCGGCGAAGAUCUCCGCCCUAAUUCGCCGUCCCACCACCGGAAUCCUGCCGCCAAUAACGUCGACCGGCUUCUGUACAAUGAUCUUGUUCAGAUCGUUCCUCUUGUUCAGUCACUGAUUGAUCGAAAGGCGACUAGUUCGUUUACUCGUAGGGGGUCAAUGAUCUACACAAAAACACCGUCAAGAGAAUCAAUCUCCAAUAGGAUGGCUGAAGGAAAAGGUAGAAAUGCGCAGUCGAUUCCCGGGAAAAAGCGCAGGGAAAACGGUGGUGAUGAGCAAGUUGGAGGUGGUGACGGGGCUUCCAUUUUUUCCUCAAGUACGCUGUUGACAAAAGAAAGGGAAGAGUUGGUGGAAUUAAGGGAGAAAGUGGACGAUUUGCAGAGAAAAUUGUUGGAGAAAGAUGAAAUCUUGAAGGCAGCAGAAGCUUCAAAGAGCGAAAUGAGUUCUGUGAAUAACAUGCUCAAUGAAGUGAAGAAACAGGCUUCGGAAAAGGAUGCUUUACUGCGGUCUACUCAAGCGCAACUAGCCGAUUUAAAGAUUAAACUUGCGGAUAAACAAGCAGCUGUAGAAAAGUUACAGUGGGAAGCAACGACAUCCAACAAAAAGGUGGAAAAACUUCAGGAAGAUUUGAACGCCUUUCAAGGAGAGAUGUCAUCAUACACUCUUUUAUUCGAAGGCUUGUCAGAAGACCAUUUUACCCUCCCAGACCAAGACUACGAUGUCAACCCACAUGGUGGUCAACUUCCUGAACUAGAUGAUAUGGAUGAGUUGGAAAUGAGCAAAAUGGAAGAAGCACAAGAAGCUUAUAUGGCUGCCGUUGCGGCUGCAAAGGAGAAGCAAGAUGAAGAAUCGAUCAACAUAGCUGCGAAUGCUAGGCUGCAUCUGCAAGCUUUUGUUCUAAGAGGUUGACCGGUGUUAAAGUCAACAAGUUCGGAGUUCCGAUGAAUGUGGGAAACCCUUGUGGUGUAAUGUUAUUUUUUUAGUAACUUGUGUAAGUUUGGAUUACAUAUCCAAUUAUCCACCUGUAAUGAUUAUUCUCAUUCUCUAACUACAGAACAUGACAAGGGAAUAUACUGACAUGUGUGUAUAUCAGUUUCUCUGUGAAUCGAGAAUCUGGUUUGACCUAA